AAGCCUUAGUUUUUCUAAGCAACCCAGAAGACAAAAGUACUUACUCAACCAAACAAGUAAGAGAUCACUACUUUAUUUAUAUUGGUCGAAAUAUUACACUCAAAACCACAUAUAGGAAAAGCCGAACCAAUAACAACAAAACACCCAAUACUACAGAUAUCGACAUGGAACCAACAUAUUCGAAACCAUUCAUUGUUCUUCAAAUCACUUUCUUCUUUGUAACACUUUAUUAUUUAUUACCUUAUGCUAACCCCAUUUCAGAUAAUAACUUAGUAUUCAAAACUUGUUCAAACAAAAAAAAUCUUACCACUUCAACAUACCAAUCUCACUCACAAGCCCUCUCAUUCCUUUUCCAAGAGCUAGUCUCUCGAUCCUCCAAGUCCAAGUUUUUCAAAACAACCCAAUUAAGUGUCUUGGAUGACCAAACAGCCAUUUCUGGCCUCUUCCAAUGCAGAGAAGACAUCACUAAUGAGGAGUGCCUAAACUGCGUCAAAACUCUACCCGAAACAGCCACCACCAACAGGUGCUAUGCUGCCCGGGUACAGCUUCAGCAGUGUUAUAUUCGUUAUGAGCCAGAGGAGCUUGUUUUGGACGUGUACUCUUCCUCACAAGACGAACUAGUAUUACUGCACAAAACUUGUGGCCCGGAAUCAAACCAUGUCGACGGGUUUGAGGCGAUGAGGGACGCCGCGUUAUUGGCUUUGGAAGAUUCUGUUGUAGAAAAAGGCGGGUUUUGUAAGACUAACAUGGAACUGGUUCAGGCAAUGGUGCAGUGUGAGGGGAAAAUGGAAGCUUGUGAGUGUGGUUUGUGUGUGAACAAGGCUGUUGAGAUAGCUCAAGAAGAAUGUGGUAAAGCUGUUUCAGCUGAAAUUUACUUGGACAAGUGCUUUUUAAGUUAUUCUUAUUAUCCCCAAGGCAUACCUGUGGAUGGAGAAAACAAGCGAGGCAAUAAUAGUAGCAACAAUGGGAAAUUAAUGGCCAUUGUUAUUGGAGGAGCAGCUGCUUUGGGUUUUGGGUUUAUUUUUUUAUUGUUCAUCAAAUCUCGAACAGAGAAAGAUGACGAUGAUUUAGUGUAGAUUGUAUAUGUAUUUCACUAUUCUGUUUCUUUCAAAAUAAGUUACUGUCCAUAUAUAUUGGUGUUAAAGUAGGUAGACUUUGGUAAAUUUAAUCUAAGGUUGGCUAUCAGUUUGAGAAUUUAGGGAAAUUUACAAGGGGAUAAAGAGCUGUAAAAUUUACAUUUAUUUAUUGUUAAUGAAAACCUUGUAGUGAUGUCAUCUAUCACAUU